UCAAAGGAUUAAGACGAAUUUAAAGUUAAUCAUUCAAUUUACAGCAAAAUGUUCCGUUUUGACAUAAUUUCUUUAUGUUUAGUAUUUUUGUCGGCUGUUCAAAUUAAUGAUAGACCUGUAAGGGCCCAAUCAGUGGAAGUGCAACUCCCUCCAGGACAAGAGUGUCAAAUGACACCUGUUAUUCAUAUCCUUAAACAUCCCGGAUGUAUUCCUAAAGCCAUACCGUCCUUCGCUUGUAUUGGAAAGUGCUCGAGUUAUGUACAGGUGUCUGGAAGCAAAAUCUGGCAAAUGGAACGUACCUGUAAUUGCUGCCAAGAAUCCGGUGAACGUGAGGCUACCGUUGUUCUGUUGUGCCCUAAGGCUAAGAGCGAGGAAAGAAAACUAAGAAAGAUCACAACUAAAGCUCCUUUGGAAUGUAUGUGCCGUCCCUGUGGUAGCAUCGAUGAAAGUUCUAUAGUACCACAAGAAGUUGCUGGAUACGCCGAAGAAGGCCCACUGUACAAUCACUUUAGGAAAUCGUUUUAAAGUUAAAAUACUACUUAUGUAUGUUUGUUAUCGCACAAAAUAUUUUUAAGAAAUGUAUCUUAUUAAAUAAAACAAACCCUUUGACCUGAAA